GCCGCGGAGCGCAGAUCGGCUCGAUGAGCGGGGGCGCAGCUGCGGCGGAGCGGCCGACGCUGGGUCCGCGCCCACUGUCUCCCCCUCCCUGCUUUCUCUCUGCGCUUUCCACUCCUCCCCCCUCCCUCCCAGCGCUGUCGGCCCCAGAGAGCUGCCCGGAGCUCCCCGGGAGACUCAGGUGGUGAAUAUUUGUUCUGCUGGGAAACAGAAGAGUACUUCUUGAGUAAAAAGUAUGCCUCCCAAGUUCAAGCGCCACCUAAAUGAUGAUGAUGUCACUGGUUCUGUGAAAAGUGAAAGGAGAAAUCUUUUGGAAGAUGAUUCAGAUGAAGAAGAAGACUUUUUUCUAAGGGGACCAUCUGGACCAAGAUUUGGACCUAGAAAUGAUAAAAUUAAGCAUGUUCAGAAUCAGGUGGAUGAAGUUAUUGAUGUCAUGCAAGAAAAUAUUACAAAGGUAAUUGAAAGAGGGGAGAGACUAGAUGAACUACAGGACAAAUCAGAAAGCUUAUCGGAUAAUGCGACUGCUUUUAGCAACAGAUCCAAACAACUUCGAAGGCAGAUGUGGUGGCGUGGAUGCAAAGUAAGUGAGAAGACACUGGAUAAAAGCCAUCAUGGCUUUGGUCGCUGUUAUCCUUUUGCUAGUGAUUAUCAUUGACCCAGUAGAGCUGACUAAUGUCAGGAUUGAAUAAUGACUUCUGACCCAAAUCAGGACCUCUUAACCUACCUAGGAUCUGUAGCUCUGAAAAUGUUCGUAAAUGGUGUGUAAAGUUUUAUGUUUUUGCACAUGUACAUUUUUAUGGGAGAGAGUCUAUAACUUUUAUCAGAUUCUCAAAGAUUAACUUCCUACACCCCACCCCCACCCACCAAUAUAGGACUAAGCCAUUUGAGGCCAAAUGUGGCUACUCUUACACCAGUUUCAUUAUUAACUUUAGGUAUGGAAGCUUGUAUUUCAUACUAUCAUUUGGAGGACAAACCCAGAUAAAUUUUCACCAUAUGAUAGUUUUUUGUUUUGUUUUUUAUUUUGGAUUUGAACUUGCUUUCAGGCUUUAAAGCAUAAGUCUUCUCCUUUCCUUUUUUUCCUGGGUAUUCUUAUUAAAGUCGAGUCAUUUUUGUUAUCUGUUUUUCUCCAAAGCCUCUUUACCUAUGUUUACAGGGAUUUUUAUGACGAUUUGAAAGUGUCUCAAAACAGCCAUUUGAAAAUUUCCAUGGUAAUAUUCUUUGUAAACAGAAAAAGUUUGUUCCAAAGAAAUAUUGCUGAUCCUCAGUGGGUUCUGUGUUUGGGAAUUCCCCCCAGGUGACACUGAUUUAUAAACCAGAAAUCAAUAUUGAGGUGCUUUCCCAGGCGCUGGCAGCUGUGUUGAGAGCAGAGACGAUUCAAGUCCCCUGACAUGCCCGUUCUCAACUGAUGUCCAGUGGGGCCAUGCUCUGCCUUUCUGGUUUCAGCUCUCAUAAGAUAAACAGGUGUCUAAGUCUAUUUAGUGCCACAUUUCUCACAUUUUGUGUAUUUGGUUGGUGAUUUCACUGUUCAAGUGGCCCCGAGUGUAGUGCCGAAGUGCUGUGCAGCCUCAGGAAGGCUGUGAUGUGCCGUAUGGAAAGUCCAUGUGCUAGAUAAGCUCCAUUUGGGCAUGAGCUCCAGUGCUGUUGGCCAGGAGCUUAAUGUUAAUGACUCGACAAUAUAUAUUAAAAGGUAAAGAAAACACAAGGCUAUAUAUUGAUUGGUUAACAAAAAUGUAACCAGGAGCUUGCAAGAAUUUAACCCUGCAUUUUCCCUAGGAACAACGAUUCAGUAUUCACUGAGUCAAUGUUUGUGGUGACUUUAUAGAACGUAAUUACUGUAGUUACCAAGAAUCGACCAUACAUUGAUGGUUGAUAAUUUGGAAAAUGUGGAAUAAAACAUAAGUAGUAAAAUUCACUUGUAAUCUUACUCUGCAGAGAUAGCUACAGUUAGUAUAACUAUUAUAUAUACUUCAAGUCUUUUCCUAUUAAUAUAUUAAGCAUGCUUUUCAAAAAUUAAUAUCAUAUAUACUUUCCAAUAUAUAUUAUAAAGUGGGAAAACAUAAUAUUUAAAAAAUAUUUUAGCAGCUUUAUGCCAUGGUAAUACUGCCAUAAUCUAUUUGAUCAAAAUGCCAAUAGUAGGGGUACCUGGCUGC